AUGGUCCUAUUAUUUUUUCUUUCUUUUUUUUAUUUUCAUUAUUCGUCCUUCCUUCCUUCCUUCCUUCCUUUAUUCCUUCUUUCCUUUCUUUCUUUCUUUCUUUUUUGUUCCUUCCUUCCUUUUCUUUCUUUUUUUCUUCCUUAUUUCUUUUUUAUUUUUUUUAAUUUUUCUUCCUUGAUUUUUCUUUCUUUCUUUCCUUCCUUCCUUCCUUCCUUCCUUCCUUCCUUUCCUUCCUUCCUUUCUUCCUUUUUCUUUCUUUCUUUCUUUCUUUCUUUCUUUCUUUCUUUCUUUCUUUCUUCCUUCCUAUUCCUUUUUUUUCUUUCUUUCUUUUCUUUCUUUCUUUCUUUUUUAUUUGACAAUUUUUUUCUUUCUAUUUACAUUAACUCUUCUUUCAUUUUUUUCUUUUACCAAUUUAAGGAUUUGUUCUUGGUUUCUACUCUCCACAACACUCCCUACCCAAUUUUCCCAUGUCCGCUUCCCGUACACGACCACAUAUUUGUUUUCUCACCGCCCAUCGUGUCCCACAUUGUCUACAGGGUCAUUGUUGCUCUCUCCUUACUUGACCAUCAUGGCUUCCGGUCUCCGCCUUCCUGCCUUGCUACCUUUUAUUAG